ACACAUUCUUUGCAAAUGUUCGGAUUCGGUCAAAAUACGAGUUGGUCCAGAUUUUUGCGAAGGUCCAAAUCAUGGAAGAGCUGAUUCGACAUAGAAAACUAGAGGAGAGAGAGAAAAAGAGGAAGAGAGUUGAGGAAAGCAAAGUGCAAGUAGAAGAAAUCUGGAAAAUGGGAGAUCAAAAGGUGGAAUUCCCAGUUAUCAAACCUAAGCACAAGCUCCAAAUCAAUUUUCUCAAAGGAAACGAUCUUAUCACUGUACCUAAUUUUUUGACGCCUUUUGAAUCUGAGGCAUUUGUCAAAGCUGCAGAGUCACUUGGUUUUGUGCACCAAGGGAGUCUUGGGCCAGCUAAAGGUGAAGCUUAUAGAGACAAUGACCGGGUCUCUGUGAAUGAUCCUCAACUUGCUGGCAUAAUUUGGGAGUCAGGUCUUAACAAAUUGUUUAGAGAUAUCAAAAUACGCGGGAAAGCUGCUGUCGGGCUUAAUCCAAACAUCAGAUUCUACAGAUACAAGGUUGGUCAGCGUUUCGGGCGUCAUAUUGAUGAAAGUGUUGAUCUUGGUGAUGGAAAGCACACACACUAUACACUAUUAAUAUAUCUUAGUGGCAGUUCUCAAUCCAAAAGCAAAAGUGAUGUCAAGAGCCUAGGUAACACAGAUCCCUUAGUUGGAGGUGAAACAGUAUUUUAUGGUUCAAGAAGCAAAGUGGUGGCUGAGGUGGCUCCUGCAGCGGGGAUGGCACUCGUUCAUAUCCAUGGUGACAAGUGUAUGUUGCAUGAAGCUCGGAAUGUAACCAAAGGGGUCAAGUAUGUUUUUCGUUCAGAUGUAGUUUUUGCUUGAUCGAGCUAAGUAUCAUCAUUAUUUUUACUAUAACACAAUGCCAGAGCCAUUUAUUGCCUUCUGCAUUUAUCAUCGCUAUUUUACCAUCACAUAAUGUGAAGGCCAGCUAUUACCUUCUGCAUUUCAUUCUUAAAUAUGAUCUGCAACGUAUAUAAUGAUGUUGUAAAUUUUUUUAAUCCUAAGUUAUUAAUUGUGAAUUUUGGUUGACAUCAAUGCUCAAUAUUA